AAAAAGAGAGCGGGAAACGGGCAGCCGAGAUGGAGGCGCUGCCGCCGGCCGCGGCUGCGGCCGCGGCUGCGGCGGCUUGUCCUCCCCAGCCGCGUCAGGAGCCCCGAGUGCAGUGCCUUUCGCGCCGACGGACGGCCGAGUUGCUGGAUCACUGCAGACCUUUCGUGCGCAGACUCGGAGCCGGUCAGGCUGUGGAGAGCGAGAACUUGGAACAGGCAAUGGGGGAAGCGCUUUGGAACUUUGAAACAGCUGUACAAGAGAAUAUCACUGUUAAUGGGCAGCUGUGGCAGGAAUCAUCAGAUCUUCAAAAUGACACAGACAUUAAACUCCUUGAAGACCAGCUUGAUGAAUUAAUUGUGGAAGUGGCUUCCAAGCGUAAUCGAUAUCCUAGAAAAAUGCAAAUAAAUGUUGUUAAAGGCAUUAAAAUGCAACAAAAAUUGUUGGGCUAUCAACCUUUUGUGAAUUGUCAAGACAUAAAAGUGGAACCUUCUCAAGAUCAGUCUAUGGUAGAACUGAGACUUUCAACAAAAACUAUGUCUAGACAUACUGGAGAAUCAUUUAAGUCCCUGUCAUCCCUUGUGGAAAAAGCAGAAGGCUUCUCAAAAGCGUUGUCUUUACAACAAACUUUGGAGCAGUGCAGACUCCAUCAAGAAAUCAUGUUUGUCUCUGAAGUUAAAAAAGAGAAUAAAAACGAUGUCAAAAACCUUACAUCACAAGUGGAAGUUAUACCUUCACAAACUGCUAUCAGUAAUUCUGUUCUGCUCAAAAUAAAGAGAUCAUCAUGUUCUCCACAGAGACGCUACCCACUCCGACAAAGAAAACUUAGUCAUGAUACAUGAACAUUUUUUUGAAGAGAUCAUUGCAUUCAGUUUUCUGAUAUUUUUUGUUGUUGUUUAUAUAGCAUCCUUAGUGAUCCCCUGGAAUCCAUAUAACCAAACAAAUUUUGUUUGAUAGUGAUGAAGUUGGAUACUGGAUCUCUUUAUAUGGCUACUCUGUAAAAUACUUAAGCAUAUUAUUAAAUCUGAACAUUUUUCUUUGAAACUAAAUUUGCUUACAAUAUAUUACAGCAGAAUGAUCUUCUUCAAGGACUGACUUGUUUAUGAUUGCUUUAAUGCUUAAUUGCUUUAAUGGUAAUUUCUCCAAACAUUAGGUAAGAGCAUUAUCUACUGUAUGCUCUUGAUCCAUGAAGUUGUACAUUUCCUUAGCAAAGAUUCUUGCUGAGUGGAACUUUAAAAGAACUAUGAGCAGAGCAUCUGCAACUGGAGUUUCAGAGAAGAACUGAAAUCCUUUAGAUGCAUAUAGAGGGGUAUCUAGUUCCCUAUAACUGUUUGUGGAUUUCUAGAUCAGUAUAAUUUUUAAAUGAGCUCAAUUUAUAUGUUCAUUGUAGCUAUAGGCUGGGAUUAAAGAUUAAAGUAUUUAGCUGCAGGUUGUGUCUUCACUACAGUCUAAAAACUAAUGAGAAAAAAGUGUUGUUUGGUGCUAAUAUACAGGUAGUCACUGACUUACAACAGUUCAUUUAGUGACCGUUCAAAGUUACAAUGGCACUGACAAUGAUUUGUGACCAUUUUUCACAUGACUGUUGCUCACUGAUCAAAAUUCGGUUGCUUGGCAACUGGUUUACAUUUAUGACAGUUGCAGUGUCCCAGGGUCGCCUUUUGGGACCUUCAGAUGAGCAAAGUCAACAGGGAAGCCAGAUUCAUUUAACAACAUUACUAACUUAAAUCUGCAAUGAUUCACUUAACAACUGUGGCAAGAAAGGUAAUAUAGGGCAAAGCUCACUUAACAAAUGUCUCAGCAACAAAUUUUGGUUCAAUUGUGGUCGUAAGUCAAGGACUACCUGUACCUGCUCUUUCUCUUUUCCCUGAGCCAUGACUAGUCUUCUGAUAAUUUGAUUGGGGGCAGGGGGUACAAUGUACUUCCACAUCACCAUUUAGUAAAUAUUCAAGUUGCAAAGAAAUACCAAGUUUUGUGCUCUCAAUAAUGGAUGUUUUGUUUUAUUUUCCUGAUUUCCAUGGUAUGCAAAUUAAAAGAGGGCUGAUUGAAUUGGCCUUCUAUCCACACCUCAGGAAGAUAUAGUAAUUGUAAGAUUAUUAAUCUAUAUAUUACUUAAAAACCACUUUGCCCAUAUUCUUGUGGAAAGUAAAAAUAUUUUUGUAAUAGUAAUCUUAGUAAAUAAUUUUGUAAUGUGAUCUUUGAAUAUUUAGAUAUCCUUUUUCUAAUUCAAAUGAGACUAAUUUGAAUUGCAUACAGUAAGCAAACAAUGUGAUAGAUUCUAAUAGGCUUGUUUAAGCGAUAUAUAUUCAAGGAAAGCUAGACAGAAGCAAUUCUGGACUGGGAAUUACUGGAGUUGUGUUGUAAAUUACCAGUAUUUUCCCUUAAUUUUUAAAAAACUCAGUUCCUCCAGGAUUUCUGAACUCCAAAUGCCUUUUCAUUUUAUAAUUGUGACGUAUAAAUUUUCAAAAUCAACAUUAUACCAUUUUCUUUUUUAUUAAAUUUACUGCAAACAUAUUGUUUCUGAAAGAUGAGAGCGAGAUAGUGUUUAAGAUACCGGGCUAGAAACCCAGGAGAAUUCUAAUCUUACUUUAGCUAUUAAAGCCAGCUUGGUAACUUU